AUGUUCAACCCCCGGCGCCUCCUCGCCUCCGUGGCCCUCAUCCUGGGUCUCGGCCUCGUCCUGUUCGUCCAGACCGCCGAGGCCGCCAAGGGCCCCAAGAUCACCCACAAGGUCUACUUUGACAUCACCCACGGCGACGAGCACCUUGGCCGCAUCGUCAUGGGCCUCUACGGCAAGACCGUCCCCGAGACGGUUGAGAACUUCCGCGCUCUCGCCACCGGCGAGAAGGGCUUCGGCUACAGCGGCUCCACCUUCCACCGUGUCAUCAAGGACUUCAUGAUCCAGGGUGGCGACUUCACCCGCGGCGACGGCACCGGCGGCAAGUCCAUCUACGGCGACCGCUUCAAGGACGAGAACUUCAAGCUCAAGCACACCAAGAAGGGCAUGCUGUCCAUGGCCAACGCCGGCAAGGACACCAACGGCUCGCAGUUCUUCAUCACGACGGCCAUCACCAGCUGGCUCGACGGCCGCCACGUCGUCUUUGGCGAGGUCCUUGAGGGCUACGACAUUGUCGACAAGAUCCAGAACGUCAAGAAGGGCGCCCAGGACCGCCCGACGGAGGCCGUCAAGAUCACCGAGAGCGGCGAGCUCCCCGUGCCCGAAGAAGCUGCGGAAUACGGCUCGGCUGCUUGGGCUCCCGGUGCUGAGCCUGAGAAGGAGGAUCCUCCGGCCCCUGGCUCCCCAGUCAAGACCAACAGCAACCCGUUCUCGGCUGCCGGCAGCUCCGAGGGCUGGUCGGUGGCCCAGAAGGGUCUUCUCUUUGGUGUGAUUCUGGCGGCUGUGGCCGUGUGGGUGAAGGUGACCCGUCGCAAGAACUCGAAAAAGGAGGAUGUUGGCUACGAAAAGGUGCUGUCGUAG